GAGAGUAACCUCUGGCUAUGGAACAAAAGGGUACUGAAGCAUUUCUCUUGAGUCCCAGGAGAGAUUCCUAGAAUGGGAAACCUGACUUCUGAAGAGUGAUGAGGAGAUCUGGUUAGCAGGGAGGCAAUGUCAGUUCCCCAUGACAUCAGGGGUGUCUCAUGCCUGGACAUUCUAUUGUAUCCUGGAGACUUUAGAAUGUUAUCUGAUGUCACCUGUGUGGUAGCAACACCAACUGCCUUUGGACAGUUGGUUCAGUGCCCUUACAGUUCAGCCAUCAACAUGUUGAGAAGACUCAGGACUCUGUUCGGUCGAGAGAAAGGAGAGGGAAGAGAAACCAGAGAGAGGCAGACACAAGCUGGCCUUCAGCCAUUCCAAUGUGAACCAUCAAGAAAGAAAUGGUCCAGAAGAUGGUACAGGGCCUCCAAGGAGCCACCACCUACUCCAACCAGCCUCACAAAGAAGCAAGUGAAGCAGAAGGUGGAGAGCCUGACCACUCAGCUCCGGGAGAUGACCGCCCAACGGAAUGAUCUGAGAGAUCGCCUCAUCUUAGUAACCGAAGGAUCCUUGGACAACAAGCCCUACCACAGGCCAAAUCCUUUCUGGGAAAAGCUCAAGAUGGAACAUCAGCAGGUCAUGUCACACCUGCAGAAGUUUGAGAAUGAGAAUUUGGAGGCCUCACAGAAGCUCAGUGAGCUGACCAAAGAGAAAGUCUUCCUUUGUGAUCUGCAGAGUCGGCUCCUGAUGGAGCAGAGUCAGCUCAAAAAGAAAUUGGAUAUGCUGAGGCAACAGAAGGAGAACCUACUGGAGGAUUGGGUCGUGCUGAAGCACCACUUGGGUGACUUGCAAGUGCUCAGUAAGGAUCAAGAAGAGAUCAGUGACCUCCAGAACCAGCAGCAGCAGGAGCAGCAAAAAAUGGAAGAGAGUCUCCAGAGCUUGCUGAAGCAGAGGGAGCUUGUCACACAGCAAAAACACCUGGCAAUAAAGCUGCAGCAUCAUUUGUCUGUCUCCCAGAUGAGGUCAGAAAAUCUCCAACAUGAGCUGGAACAAUCCACAGCUCAGGAUGAGAGCCUCCUGCCGACAGAGCUGCUGCAGCAGGAGCACUAAGUGUCAUAAGCAACACCCUUUAUGAGAACUGAGGAGGCCGGAGGAAUCCAUAGUCAACUAGAUACCCUGACAUUCUCCACUCUAUGAUCAAGGCCUCCUCAGAACAAGACAUGUACUACUAGUUGUGAAAUCACCAGUAAGGCAAAUAUCAUCUGCCCUGAAGGUCAUCCAUCCAUAAUCUGAUCCAUGUGUCUGUUGACUCACUAGUUAUGGAAUAAAGGAACCAUCAAGAAGAUGCUUGAGAUUCAAAAAAAUAAACACCAAGAGUUAUGCAGAAAAAUAUGACAUCUACCAGCAAGUGUUCCCAGUGAGAGCCACAACAACAUGGAGAGAGAAUAUGUUUCCACUCAUAGUUACUCUGAAAGUUUAUUGCUACAAACUUUUGGUAGCUGACUGAGUCCUCAGCCCUUCAUAUGUGGAGGGAGAUAUGUCAACAGAGACUGUGUUGAUGUCAUGCUGCUAUCCAGACAGACCACACAAAAGAAGCAUCAUAUUCUCACUCCAGUCCAGUGCGGGAACUACUCAAUUUCAUGCACAAGUGAUGGUGAAGUGAAUUGUUCUGAGAGAUGAUUUAGGAAGGAUGUCACCAUGAGCUGUUAUGUAUUUUGGUAACAGAUGCUCCCCGUGUCAUUUUUUGCUCUUGAAUGGGCACACAGACACAGGUUGGCAGACAGAAUCAUAUAGUGGCCAACAUGGUAUAAGAUCAACUUUGGCAAGGACUUAACCUAGAAGCCCCAAAGUGGCAUGACCACACUUGUCUUGAAGAGGGUAUUUCAAUUCAGUGUUGUCUUUCAAUUUGUGUCCAAAGCCAGCCACAGAGUGUAGGACAUCUGCAUGAAGAGAAACCUUCUUAUGUAAAUAGUUUUGGUUUGUUUUGGGGUUUGCAUGAACUUAGGUUUUGUUGUUCUUUGUUUUGUUUUGCUGUUUUUUUUUUUAUUUUUUGGUUCUUUGUUCUUUUUUGAUUUUAUAUUUUGCUAAAGCUAUACACUUGAUAUACUAAGCACCCCUUUAAGGCCCUAUUCUGUCAAAUUUCUGUAAUUUCACAAAUAAAAAAUAAUUUCCAACUCUUC